AUGGCGAAGGACGACUUUGCCCAGCCGCGUGUUGAGGUGAGCGAAGUGCAUGAAGAAGAGACCCGUUCUCCUGAAGACGUUAAGGAGACCAAGUGCUUGUGGCGAGGCUGUGGCACCCUGUUUGAGGAUGCCGAGACCCUCUAUCGCCAUCUGUGUGAUGAGCACGUCGGUCGCAACAGCAAGAACAACUUGUGCUUGAGUUGUGGCUGGGACAACUGUAAUGCCAGCUACAGCAAGCGUGAUCACAUCACGAGCCAUAUCAGGAUUCAUAUCCCUAUGAAGCCUUUUGCCUGCUCGGUGUGUGGUAAGAGCUUCAAGCGCUCGCAGGACUUGAAGAAGCAUGGGCGCACGCACAUCGUGCCUUCGCAGGUUGACAAGAGCAGCGACGAAGGCUAUUCUUCAUACGAGUCCGCACCUGGCGCGUACCGCACCUCGCCGUCCACGACGCCGUCUCUCUACCCCCAGAUGCCCGGCCUGCUUUCGCCGCGCGUGCCGGAAGAGAUUGCUGCGACCCCGAGCUACCGCUCGCCGUCGUCGCGCGACUCGGCGUCGCCUGCCUCGUCGUCCUACUCGCACGACGCUUCGCCGCGGAGCAUUGCCCCAAUGUACAGCGCGGGAGAGCGGGCAAAUAUGCGCUAUAGCCCGGUGGAUCCGCUCUAUCCCCCCAUGCCAAAGCCGCAUCUUCCUGCCGAGGACGCCAGCUUCUUUCGUGCGCGCAAUGCCGCGUACGAACACGACCUGCCGCACCGGGGAUACGCUCCGCCGCCGCCGCCGCCUCGUGCGGAAGCCGGCUGGAACACAGGCACAAAGCGUCCCCGCCGCUCUGUGGAUGAGUUCUGGGGCGACGUGCGCCGCAAGAAGGUCGCACCGGUAUAUGACACCGACAUGGCCGACCGCCUGAACCAGAUCCUCACGCCGGGUUGCGCGCAAGACCCCGGUUUGCUGGACCUGUUCCUGGGCGACUCGCUGAGCGCGCUCGGUGGCAAUGCGGCACUAGAGAGUACGGUGCCAGCCACGGCGGCCGCCGACCGGACUUAUGGCACGCAUACACAAGCGUCAUACGACUACAACUACAACCGCCAGACGACGCUGCCGCCACCCCGUCCGUCGGUCCCGAACCUGGCCGAGAUUAACGCGUGGCUCGUGCAGCUCGGUAUGAAUGUUGCGCGCCCCGCGCCGCCGGCCCCCCAGCAGGGCUCGGUGGCAGGCGCGUCUAUGGACGCCAGCAUGCCGUCGCUCGACUUUUCGCAGUCGCUCAACAUGUUCGGCCUGACGCACAUCCCCGGCGUCGACACUGCGGUGUCGAACGCAGAGCCGAUGCACUACCCCGCACCCCACGCUGGCUCAUAUGCUGGUGCAGGCAUGCAAGACGCUUAUCGCCCGUCGCGCACCGGCGAUUAUGCAGCCUACCCCCAGCUCGCACGCGAGUCGGGCGUCCAGCCGUCGUACCGCCAUGUUGAAGCACUUACUCGUGCUCCCUCGGAUACGCGCACGGCUCCCAUCACCCCUGUUCCGCGCGUGGUGAAGGAGGAGGCGAUGGACGAGGACGACACGCCUCCGCCCGCCUCCCGCUCGCGCCUCUACCCCAGCCUGCCGGACGAGGAACCCGCGAGCCCGAUGAGCUCGGACCACUCGCGUCCCGUCUCGCCUGCUGGCAGCGCGUCAUCCGCGCACUGGUCGGACGCGAACGUGCCGCGCUCGAUGCGCGAGCGCCACCUGAACCUCGUGUUGAAUGUGCUGCUUGCGCUGAACAAGCGCCAGCGCAUCGACCCCCAGUCGGGCCGCCUCGCGCCGCUGGCGGGCAACCGUGACCGCUCGCGCAGCAACUCGCUGCAUGUGCCACCCUACACGCCGCACUGGCGCAGCGAGACCCGCGAUCGCAGCAUGCCCCACAUGCCGGUCCUCUACGACUUGGGGCAUAAUGGCACUCGCCGCUCAUCACCCUACCGCGAGGCGCCCGUGCCGAGCGUCGCGCUGCGUGCGCCGCGUCCGUCCGCGUCCGUAAGCAAGGAGGCCGAGAAGCCCGCCCCGCGCCCGGGUGCGCUGCCCAGCAUUGCGCAGCUGCUUUCAGAUGUGGAUAUGAAUUAG